GUUUGUAAACUUCGUAUUUAUGGUUCGAUACAAUCUUUUCUAUAUCCUAGUUUCAUUUGCUCAAACAGAUGAACAAAAUAAACAAUCUUUUUUCGUAACUAUAAUAUUUGAUUGAAAAAUAAUUUAACUAAAAAAUAUAAGGUAGAAUAAUAAUAAUAACAAUCGUCCCUUGAUGAUCCUAUCAAAAUGUGUGAGAUGCGAUAACGACGAUUUGCGUAUACACAUAUUUGCUAAUAAAGAAUAUGUUUUACUGACCAGAUGGUCGGCCAUAGCUCGUAGGUUACCAGGAAGAACAGACAAUGAGAUCAAGAACCAUUGGAACACUCACAUCAAGAAACGUCUGGUCAAGAAAGGUAUCGAUCCGUUGACCCACAAACCCCUUCUCGAUGGUGCCGAUAAAUCAUCUGACCAUCCCGAGACGCCACAGGAGAAAAGCAGCGUUCAUCAGGAAGAAGAUGAUCGUAAGUCAAAAGACAACAAGUCAUCAUCAAGAUCAUCAGCUCGGUUCUUAAACAGAGUAGCUAACAGAUUUGGUCAGAGAAUCAACCAGAGUGUUCUGUCUGACAUUAUCGGAAGUGGUAGCUUACCUACUAGUCACACUACUCCUACUAUAAGUGCUUCCGAAUGUGAAAGGUCAACGAGUUCUUCGUCCACACCAACCUCUUCGAAUAUCCUCACUGACCAAAGCAUAAAUGUUGAUGCAACAUCUUUGUCCUCUUCCACGUACUCUGACUCCUCCGAUAUCUUCUUGUAUGACGAUAUCUUCAGUGACAUUGAAGAUAUGACGAUAUUUUCAUCAAGAUUUUCGAGUAAUGUUGUAUCUCACGAUGGUGAAGAGUUCUUGAUGUUGGAUGGGUCUUGUUUGGAGAACACAUCGCUCAUGAGGGAACUUACAAUGAUUGUUCAAGAUAAUAAAAUGGAGACGACGUCGGUCUACUGAUAGCCACGUUCAAUGAAGUUGAUGACUCCUUAAGGGAUACACAACUAUUUUUGGAUGAGCAAAGAAAAUGUCGAGAAAUUAGUUUCAUAUAUGAUGAUGAUGAUGAAAAUUUUGGCAAGUAAAUCAAUUAGAGAUUUAGAGUUUGAUUU